AGUUUCUGUGGCAUACAGUUUUUGAUAGGAACAAUGCAAAUUUCGGUGGUUAAUAGCAAUCUCUGCCAUCCGAUUGCGUCGUUUCCGUCAUCCACGUUUCAUUCUCAUCGAUUCUCGAAGAGAAAUUCAGGAAACGAUACUUGGGUUCGCGAAAGGACAAGACUUUAUGUGAAAUCUAGUAGUAACAAUACAUCAAGCUUCUUGUCCUUUCUCUGUCCAUUGCUUAAAGUUUUCUCUGGAGGUGAUCCUUCUCAACAACGGAAUCAUGCUCUGGAGGUUGCAACUUCUUCAUUAGCAUCUGUUGCAAGACUUCCUUGGGGAUCUCGAGUAUCAACAGGGAGUAUAGAUAACCAAGAUGUCUCUUCUAAUCCGCCUUUGCGAUUGCAGCUUUUUGAAUUUGAGGCGUGUCCCUUUUGCCGGAGGGUGCGGGAAGCCAUGACUGAGCUAGACCUUUCUGUAGAAGUUUAUCCUUGUCCUAAAGGAUCUUUACGACACAGAGAACUGGUUAGAAGAUCUGGCGGAAAAGAGAUGUUUCCAUUCCUCGUCGACCCGAAUACUGAAACUUUAAUGUAUGAGAGUGGUGACAUCGUAAAGUACCUAUUUAAACAAUAUGGAAAUGGAAGAGGCCCUUCCACAGGACUUCUGGAAAGCACCUUGUUCACUGGAUGGAUGCCAACUCUUCUCCGAGCAGGUAGAGGCAUGUCAUUGUGGGACAAGGCUUCAACAGAUCUGCCACCUAAAAUGCUCGAGCUCUUCUCUUACGAAAACAACCCGUAUUCACGGUUGGUGCGUGAAGCACUGUGUGAGCUGGAGCUCCCCUAUGUAUUACACAACAUUGGUGAAGGGUCCACACGGAUGAAAUCGCUUCUCAAUGCUUCAGGAUCCAAUAAGGUUCCAUUCUUGGUUGAUCCAAACACUGGUGUCCAAUUAGGUGAUUACCAGAAGAUUCUGGCUUACCUCUUCAAGACAUAUUCUUCUGCAGCAUCUGCAUAAGCAAGCUUCUCUUCCUCUUCAACAUCAACCAUACGAGACGAAUAUCACCAGAAACCUAAAUGCCCAUCUACCUCACAACAAUGCACCAAAAUGCCGAUUUCUCUAUCGGACGCAUUGGUUCACUAUGUCACCACAGAGAUCACACCACAACAAACGUUUGAUGAAAUCUCAGUCUCAAAGAGAGUCUUGGACAAGAAAUCUCCUUGUAACUUCCUCGUCUUCGGCUUAGGACACGACAGCUUGAUGUGGGCAUCUCUCAAUCAUGGUGGACGCACUUUGUUCCUGGAGGAAGAUAAAGCUUGGAUCGAGACAGUGACUAAGAAAUUCCCAAACUUAGAAUCAUACCACGUCGUAUACGACACGAAAGUGAAAGAUUCCAACAAGCUUAUGGAGCUAGAGAGAACAGAGGACUGCAAAGCCGUGUCUGAUCCGAGAGAUUCGAAAUGUGCUCUAUCUUUGAAGGGUUUUCCCGCUGACGUGUAUGAGACGCAAUGGGAUGUGAUAAUGGUCGAUGCUCCCACUGGUUACCACGACGAAGCUCCAGGGAGGAUGAGUGCUAUUUACACGGCGGGUUUAUUGGCUCGUAACCGUUAUGACGGUGGCGAGACUGAUGUUUUCGUUCACGAUAUUAACCGGCCUGUGGAGGAUGAGUUCUCGGUGGCGUUCUUGUGUCGAGGGUACAUUAAGGAGCAGCAAGGGAGGCUUAGGCAUUUUACCAUCCCUAGCCAUCGGAAUAGCCUCGGUACACCGUUUUGUCCCGCGGAUAUUAGUCGCCGCUUUUGAUAUUGUCCAAUGAGAGAAAGUGCAAAGAACAAUAACAAGAAAACUUUGCAAAGGACUUGAUGUUGGUCUAGUUUUGUCUAUCAAAUUUGUAUUCAAAUAUACUUCUGCCAUUUUU